GAAUAGAAGAGACCAACGAGGCAACGAGGCACCGAAUGAACCAAACCAACCACCUCUUUUCCCACGGCGGCCCCACCCGUCCCCGCCUCCAGUCAGUCUCCGUCCUUCCAGAAGGCCGCCGGAGUAGACGCGCUCCGGCCACUCCCCCUCAGAUCCCGCCGCCGCGCCCCAGCCCCCAUUGCCGCGGGGUUGCACUGGACUUGCAUAUGAUCGGCAACAUGUUGCCUCAGUGAUAUCCAGGCAUGAUUUGGGUACUGUUCAUAAUGCAGUUGGCUUCUCAUGGCACCCGAGAUGAAGAAGGAAUGCAGCUGGUGCCCCGUUGUGAUCAGGAAGAAGUGUCAGAUUCGCAGGAGAUAUUUUCACAAUCUGACACCGCAGGAAGCUCCACCGAGUAUCUGGGCUCAUGUGAAAUUAAGCCAUUAAUUGUUGAGGAUGAAGAUCACAAUAUCGAUGAGAGUGAAGAAACCCAUCUUGUCAUUCAAGACUUUCCACAAUGCCGGAUUUGCCUUGAUAAUGAAGGUGAUGACUUAAUUGCACCAUGCAACUGCAAGGGCACACAAAAGUAUGUCCACAGGUCCUGUCUUGAUAACUGGAGAUCAACAAAGGAAGGUUUUGCAUUUUCACAUUGCACUGAGUGUCGGGCAGCAUUCUUACUUCGUGCAAAUGUUCCUCCAGAUCGAUGGUGGCUAAGGCUCAAGUUUCAACUUCUGGUUGCUAGAGAUCACACAUUGAUCUUUUUCAUUGUACAACUGGUUGUUGUUUUAUUGGGUAUGCUGGUAUACAGAUUUUAUGGAGAUGAGCUGCGAGAAAUGUUUGGCUAUGAACAGCAUCCUUAUGCUUUUUAUGCAUUGGCAAUACUGGCUGUUAUUUUGGUUGGUUUGCUAUAUGGAUUCUUCAUAGCUAUUAUAUGUGGACAGAGGAUCACUGAACGGCACUACCAUGUUCUUGCAAAGCAAGAGUUAACCAAGGAGUAUAUCGUAGAGGAUCUUGAAGGAGCUGAUCCAGUGGCAGACCUUGAUCCUAGCCAUGUUACGGAGCUGAGGACGCUGGGGCUCUAUUGAGCAUAGCCGCAUAUAGCAUCAGAUAUGAAGUACUUAACUCAAAAGCUUCAGCUAUUGCAAGCCUUCUCAUCUGAGUUUUUGAGGCCUUGAAGAUCAAGCAGACAAGUGGUCUAGAGUAGAACAACCAACGGGCAGUUCAGCUACCCUAAGACAGUAGUUAGACUGUCAUGCAAUGCCUUGCCUUGUCAUUUUGUUUCAGCUCUUCGCUGCAAUUGUAGGCUGCAGUCUGCAGAGCCGUCAUCCUGUAGAUACCUGGUCAUCUUGUUUCCUACCUGAACCUCCAAUAGUCCUACUAUUCUCUCUUAAUUGAUUAAGCUGAACUGCUGCCACUAUUCUUAAUACAAAAAGGAAAAUGUAAUUAGUUGAUGUUGAUUAUUGAGACAACUGAGUUGCGAUUCAAAGUCACACGGAGUAAGGAGUUUGAACUUUGAAAUUACAGUCUUGCCCAUAUGAGUUGUCUUGCCUGAAUCAAACUUCCUAUUUUCAUUGCCUCCUUUUGAAGCCAAGAAUAUAUGCUCCAUUUUGUAUGCUUAUAGACAUAGACUUCUUGCAUAUAUCUUUCUGAAAGUAACAGAAUAUAUGGGGAGAUAUUACUUUGUCCACUAACCAAGCAUCUCCCUCUUAGCAGUUAACUUCUUACCAGUUUGUUUGAUGGUCUACUUAUUGGUGCUCCAUUAGUUCGUCUUCUUUUUUCUUUCCACCUCCCAUCAAUUUCUUUGAUUUCCCAAAUGACAUCCUCCAAAUUUUCGUAUUUCCCAGGUGUUGGUAUUUUUUCUACCAAUUUCCCUCCAAAUUAAUAUGAUAUUUGUAUUUGCUUCAGACAACAUGAAAUUGGAGUUUAAAUUCUUUUCUGUAGACAAUUCAUUCUUCCAGCCUACUGACUGUAAUGGAUCAAUAAUGAUUAUUCUCCUAGGUUGGCAACCAGGACACCAGAGUGAAAGUGACAUGGGAAUUUAUGCUGGUUGGGGUGCAAAAGAAUGCACUCCACUCCUGUCGAUGCACCAAGCUUCAUGUUUUGGAGGGGUACCUCUUGCUCAUGGUGUCCUUAUUCGUGUAUUGAUGGAGAGAGUUCGAUGUACAAGUGUGACUUACGUGCAAUAUCUUGUGGCCCUUUACAGAGUAGGAUGCCCCUUGGCGCUGUCACAAAAGCAGGGGCAGACUUGUUCUUGGCUCUCUAUGUUGUGGGGUCUCUGACUGUAGGUUCUACCGGGGGAGGUUGUCCCAUGAGCCAACUAAAGUAGGGUCCCUGGGAAGAUGGAUCUCUCCUUGGGCCAUAAGGGGGGUUUCUUCCCUCCGAGGCCACCAAGGGAUCUUCUUGGAGGUGUUAAGUGGGUCUCUUCUAUCACCCCUCUGUGGGAGAUGCCAGGGACCUAUUAGAGGCGUAAGGAGGCGACCUGCUAUGGAUCGUCCUUGCCUCAUUAUUUGCAUAAGACUUCUUGAAAACAGUACAUCCUCAUAACCAUGUGAGGUUAUCAUCCUCGAACUCCUGAAGUGUGGAAAAUGUUCUUUCGAUGUGUCCUCUCCAGGCUACUGUUACCUAGUCCUAAACCUUCUGUCUUAGAAAAUUGGCAAGUACAUGACCAAAGGUCCCCACUUUCAUCUAACAAGGCAAUAUGAUCACACUAUGAGUGCCAGUUCUUGUUUGCUAACCGUUUUUAAAACUCUUAAUCAUUAACAGAAGCCAUCCUGAGUUCCUGACAAUGACCUGAAACAUCUGAUGACGUGUAUAUGAAGGAUAUUCGAUGUUGUGAGUGGUAGACAUCAUGUACAUGUUCUCUUAAUUCAACUCAUUUUUUUGUGAUGCAAAAAAUUGCCUGCACUACCUGUAUGCAAAGUCUGGUGGCAACAACUCAAACAAUGAUACGAGUAGUCUUCAUAACAUUAGGCAUGCCAUUAUUUUGCAGUUCAGGACCCUACAGAUUCUUUACUUUUUUCUUUUUUAUGAACAAAAAUGUAAGCGAGCAUAGCUUUGGUAAUCUGAGUUAUGAAGUCACGAGUCAUCAGCUGUAACACUUCCCGACAAAUGGCAACACAUCAAAUUGGGGAAUUUAUGGACAACUAGAAUAGAACACAUGUUCGAGAAUUUGAAUAGAACAGAUCCAGAAGGUGUGAGACUGCUGACUCCUUCAUCAGUUGCAGCUAUUUCCAGUUACGCCGUGUCAUGGUCAUGGGUCGGUGCCAUUAUUGUGUCUAGAGAAGUCAUCUAAUGUUCUUGAGAUGAUGUAUCUAUGCAUCUGAUGACCGAGCAUUCAUUUCCCUGUGAUCCAACACAAGGCACUAUCUUCUGGACAGCUGUUUAAGCAUGGGCAUAGUUGGUGAAGCUACCAAAAAUGUGUUGGGUGAUAGUUCAGGAAUCAGCUCUGUCCCAAGCCUGUUUACCACAAAUUCAUCUCUUGAAGCCCUGAAUUGCGCUCAUGAUUAAGUUGUGGGGAGAUUACUAGCACCAGUUACACCGCCUCACCACCUGGGGACCUCUCCCCCAUGUGACUGUUUUAUCCAUCUACAUAGUAUAUCAUAGUACAAAGUUUCAUGGCUAAGUAAACCAAGAGAAUAAUUAACUUACUGAAAACUGAAAUGCCUAGAGAUUAUGUGAGCUAAAGCAUACCAUAGUUGAAAUUAUAUUUGUGAUUUAACCUCCAACAUUUUUUUUCCAGGUAAACAGCAAUGAUGAAAUGGGGAAACCAGCCUAUUUCAGCAUAAUUUGGAAGGCUGAUGUUGCAGGAAUAUUAUCACACUUUUCAUCACGAGGAAUGAAAAAUGGGCCUUUAUGUGGCGCAUAUGUGUAUAUUUUCAAAAGGAAAACAGGUCGUUCCUUUCUAGCCACCAAAUAGAAUUCAUGUUUCUUUUUUGUUUCAUGUAGGGUAGUUUGCUCUCAAAAUAUAGGAGAAUAAGGUGAGUUGCCUUCCACACAUUCUCAACAGAGAGGUUGCAGAAAUGCUAGGAUGCUAUGCUGAAUGUACUUUUUUUGUUAGAUACAUUUCUUUUGUUUCCUUUUCCAGGUUCGUAAUAAAAUGUAACAUUUAAAGUUGGAAAUUUGUUCUCUAUUGUGCAUAUGUUGCAACUCUGUG